AGAUGGCCCCGAGGGCCCAAGACAACCCAAGAGGUGCCCAAGAUGCUCCCAAAGAGCCGCAGCCAUUUGUCCAGUGGAGGUGUCCAGUUUGAUAUCGUGUCUGAUUCCUGUCUGAACAGCUCCCCGCCGCCAUGUUCUGCGCCAUGUUUCAGGAUGGUGGGGCGGCUCUCGCCGAGCAAGGGACGGGGAAGGUGGCGCGCGCUGAGCCGGACGGGAUCAGCUUGGCCCUCACGCGAUGCCCAACCGAAGAGCGACUCCGUCGACGACGGCCAGGACGCCAACGCGCACGAGACGAGCCGGGGCGCCACCGCGAUGCCGAAGGACGGCGACGAGCUGGCGUUCCUCGAGGCGGCGUCCCUCGCCGACCCGCGCCCUCGCCCCCCCAGGCGCCUCAGGUCCGCGGCGUACUGGGAGCAGAAUGCCGCCGCAAUCGCCGCCAAGUGGCCCGCGCGUUCGCCUUGGGAGCCGGGCGUGAGGCCGCGCCGCCCGUACCUCGACGAAGGUUGGAGCGGUCAGGCCGGCAGCCGCGAAGGGCACCGCCUCGGGCCGGCGGCGCCCGCGGCGCCCGCGGCGCCGGCGGCGGUGUGCACCGAGGGCGACGGCGCGGUGCGCAGCCCCGGGAGCUUGGCGGGCGCCAUCUCGAUGGCGCUUCGCCGCAAGGGGCGCGGGCCUCCCGCGCCGCCGGGGUCGCCCUCGGCGGCGCACGUGGCAGCGCCGAACGUGCGCGGCUGAGCUCGAGCAGACGUCGGCGGUGAGAGGAGGAGGAGAAACACCACAUUAGCACAAACUGUCGAUGGCUCGCGCGGGUUUCUCGGAUCUGCGCCGGGCCGCCCGGGCGGCGCCUCCAGCGCCGCCUCCUGGCGCGCUUCGCUUUUCAGGGAGGGGGCCAAGCGCCGAUCCAAGAGAGUCCUCGGAACGCGACCCAGCGGCAGUGGAUCUGGUCAUAUUCUGGCGGCGUGCCUUUGGGCGUCCCAGUCCAGGGCGAGGCCGUGCACCUCGUGUCAUCUAUGCCCUCAUCUGGGCCGGCUGCGGCCCAGCCGAUCUCACAGGCCCAGGGCCGACGGGCCAAAAGGAUUGUCGCAGCACCCAGAAUCUGCGGAGCCGUCGCGGACGUGGUCCUGGGGUAAUCCUGGCACGAUGUAUCAAUGA